AUGAUGUCGCAGUGCCGUCUGCUGGCCAUUUUGACGGGCGCAGGCAUCUCCGCGGAGUCUGGCAUUCCCACGUUUCGUAGCAAAGAUGGUCUCUGGGAGAAUCACCGCGUUGAAGAUGUGGCGUGCCCCAGUGCCUUUGUACGUGACCCGCAGCUUGUGCAGCGCUUCUACAACGCGCGCCGCCGGGCCCUUCUUGCGCCCGGUGUGGCGCCUAAUCCCGCGCACCUUGCGCUCGCCAAGCUGCAGCGGGAUUAUCGCAAGGGACGUGUUGUGGUGAUCACGCAGAACAUCGACAACCUUCACGAGCGGGCGGGAUCGGCGGCGGUGCUGCACAUGCACGGAGAGCUGCUGAAAGUGCGAUGCACUGUCACUGGGAAAGUGUUUGACUGGACGAAGGAUGUCGUGCACGGGGAGGACAGAUGCACAUGCUGUUCUGCUCUCGAAACGCUGCGACCACACAUUGUGUGGUUCGGCGAGAUGCCACUUUACAUGGACGAGAUUGCUGCGGUGAUGGAAAACGCUGAUUUGUUUGUUGCGAUUGGGACAUCUGGCAACGUUUACCCUGCUGCCGGCCUCGCGAUGCAGGCCAAGGCGAAUGGGGCGAAGACACUCGAGCUCAAUUUGGAGCCAGGCGAAAACCGAAGCGACUUUGACGAGUCGGUGUAUGGCGAAGCCUCCGUGAUUGUGCCGAAGUGGGUGGAAAAGGUUCUGCAGACGAGUGUGUAG